UGUGGCACCCUGCGCUGAUCGCAGAGCCCAGCACCCGCCCGGCUGCGGUCUGGGUGGAAUCCAACUACAAUCGCCUUUCCAAAACCACCACCGAAACGCCGGCGCGCUGUGAGCGGCGCUCUGUGAGCGGCGCGCCCGGUUCCCCGCGCUCCCCUGGCGGGGCCGGAGGGGCCAUGCGGGGGCUGCGCGGGGCUCCGCCGGCGGCGCUGCCGCUGCUGCUGCUGGCGCUGACCCCAGCGCGCCCGCACCCGCAGUGCCUGGACUUCAAGCCGCCGUUCCGGCCGCCCCGGGGCCUCGCCUUCUGCCGCCGCUACGCCGACUUCGGGUGCUGCGACCGGCGCCGCGACCGCGCCCUGCUCCAGCGCUUCUACCGCCUCAGCGCCCGCCUCGACGAGCGCAGCUACGCGGCCUGCGCCGGGCACCUGCAGGACCUGCUCUGCCAGGAAUGUUCUCCAUAUGCAGCUCACUUGUAUGACGCUGAGGAUCCCUCCACCCCCGUGCGAACGAUACCAGGACUUUGCCAAGACUACUGCCUGCAAGUGUGGCAAAAAUGCCGCCCCAUUUUUCGCUAUCUCUCUGCAGACCAAGAGUUAAUUGCACUGGAGAACAACGUGGCAAAAUUCUGCCGCUACCUGUCCUUGGAGGACACAGACUACUGCUUUCCACACCUGCUGGCUAACCAUGACCUUAACCAAAACCUGGGGUUAGUGACUGCCGACGCAGAGGGCUGUCUCCAGCUCUGCCUCGUGGAGGUUGCUAAUGGGCUGCGCAAUCCCGUUGCGAUGGUACACGCCAACGAUGGCACCCACAGGUUCUUCAUUGCAGAACAGGUUGGCCUGGUGUGGACCUACCUCCCUGAUCGAUCCAGGCUUGAAAAACCAUUUCUGAACAUCAGUGAAGCUGUUCUUACCUCACCUUGGGAAGGAGAUGAGAGAGGUUUUCUAGGUAUUGUCUUCCAUCCUAAAUUCAAAUUUAAUGGUAAAGUGUAUGUCUACUAUUCAGUUGAAGUUCAUUAUGAAGAGAGAAUCCGAAUCAGUGAGUUCAGAAUUUCUCCUGCUGACAUGAAUACUUUGGACCAUGGUUCUGAAAGGAUAAUCCUGGAAAUAGAAGAACCUGCUUCCAACCAUAAUGGAGGAGAGCUGCUCUUUGGAGAUGAUGGCUAUCUCUAUAUAUUUACUGGAGACGGAGGCAUGGCUGGGGAUCCUUUUGGGACCUUUGGAAAUGCCCAGAACAAAUCAACCCUGCUGGGCAAAGUGCUGCGGAUCGACGUUAACAACAAUGACCGCGGGCCUCUGUACCGAAUCCCUCCAGACAAUCCUUUUCUUGAUGACCCUAAGGCUCGCCCUGAAAUUUAUGCAUAUGGAGUGAGAAAUAUGUGGCGCUGCUCUUUUGAUAGGGGUGAUCCUCACACCAAAGAAGGGAAAGGGCGGCUCUUCUGUGGAGAUGUGGGACAGAAUAAAUACGAAGAAAUCGACAUCGUCGAGAAAGGGAAAAAUUACGGUUGGAGGGCGAGGGAAGGGUUCAGCUGUUAUGAUAAAAAACUUUGCACCAAUUCUUCAAUGGAUGACGUGCUUCCAAUUUAUGCGUAUCCACACAAAAUGGGGAAAUCUGUUACAGGAGGCUAUGUCUAUCGGGGCUGUGAGUCUCCGAACUUGAAUGGCCUGUACAUAUUUGGUGAUUUUAUGAGUGGGCGCCUGAUGUCUUUGAAGGAGGAUCAUGCUACCGGAGAAUGGCAGUACAGUGAAAUCUGUAUGGGGACAGGACAGACAUGCAUGUUUCCUGGGCUUAUCAAUAAUUAUUAUCAGUACAUCAUCUCCUUUGCUGAAGAUGAAGCAGGGGAACUUUACUUCAUGUCUACUGGCAUACCAAGUGCCACAGCUCCCCAUGGAGUGGUAUACAAAGUAGUGGACACCUCUAGGAGAGCACCACCAGGAAAAUGCCGAAUUGAGCCGUUGACAGUGAAAGUAAAAAGCAAGCGCAUCCAGUUUGUGCCAAAGGAGAAGCUCAUUGUGAAAACACCAACACCACGUCCCCAACUGAAGACCACGACCAAGGCCCCACAGGCAGGUGGGCCAGACCCUGAAAUCCACCACACACCAGCUGUGGACUGGGUGGGCCAAGCCCCACCACCGCUGGGGAACCGAAGCAGGACGCCCACCACACCAGCACCCAGCGGCAAGACCACCAAGCCCAGGACGGGAGGGGAGAGGAAGAGGCAGCACAGGAAGAAGAAGCCCCCCACCACUGCCCCACCACUGCAAAAUGGUGCUGUGCGACUGAUGGAGCAGCAGAGCCAUGGCCGGAGCCAGGGCCGGGUGGAGAUUUACAUCAAUGGUGAGUGGGGCACAGUAUGUGAUGAUGGCUGGGGCUCACCUGCUGCCGCUGUGGUGUGCCGCCAGCUGGGCUUUCCCUACGUGGUGCGGGCCAGCAAGAAGGCAGAAUUUGGAGAAGGAACCUCCCUUCGCAUUCUCCUGGAUGAUGUUCAGUGCUUAGGGCAGGAGAAGACGCUACUGGAGUGCUCCCAUGCCGACAUUGGCACGCACAACUGCUCCCAUGAGGAGGACGCUGGCGUGGUGUGCAGCCGGGAGGAGGUGGCAGACUGGUGACAGAGCAGCUGAACACAUCCCCUUCCUGCCCAACUCUCUAAACCAGCGACAGUAACGAGGAUGCUGCAUCUGUUUGAAGGGGUCUUGCUGUUUUCUUUAUGCUCAUCUUCAUGUUUCUGCCUUCAGGGGGAAAGAAAAAGUAAAAUGAAGCAGUGACUUGAGUAUGUUAUGGGCAGAGUGCGUUUGCGUGGAGGGUUUUUUAUAAGAAACCUCCAAACAUCAGCCAUUAUAGAUGAGAAAAAAUACGCAUCCUCUUGCCCUUUCACCUUUCAAAAUACAGCAUUCACCAGCCAUGCUUCACAGUGUUUUGCCGAAAAAAAAAGAAUUCCUGAAUGACCACAUUUUACUCUUGCUUAUGGAAGCAUUUGCAUUGUUUCGCUUGCUUUAACACCUGCAGCUCUGAAUGGUGGUUUCUAAGUAUAUGUAAAUCUGUGCCUUUCUUUGUAGAAUACAAGAGUAGAAUUUUUUCUUUAACUUUCCAUGGUUGAAAGGAAAAUGAUUAUUCUGCUAUGUUUUUUAUUGGUAUAAACCUAUUGGUUAUCAAAGAUAACUGUGUCUAAGCAAAAUCAGAUAAAUUCGAAAACAAUCAUAGCAUACUGCCUGGAAAAUAGUUCUGCAGUUUACACUAGCCUAAGUCAAAAGAAAAUGUGGAGUUUUUUACAUGAACAAGAUGGUUAUCCAGUUUAACCCUGAAGAUACUUUGUACGUGUUUCUCUACUUUCCCAAAGGUUGUGAAGCCACAUGUUUUUGCAUUCAGUUUUCACAGGUGUGAAUGACUGGACAAGAGGUAAUGUAGUGGGGUAACAAUCCUGUAAUAUUCACCCCUUUUUAAAGGAUGUAAAAAGAAAGUAAACCUCAUUUUGUCUGAAAUGUCUUUUUCACCUGAGUGGUGAUUGGAGACACGUAUUCUUGUCUUGUGGUCUCCCUGCAUUUGGUAGUAUUCUGCCAGGUUAUGAUUUUUCCCUGAUACAAUCGAGAUAAGUUUUAUCUUGCUGCUUACACAAGAAUGCGAGAAAGACAAAAUGAAACAUGCAAAAAGACUAGCGCAUACAGGAAAGUUCACAAGCCAAACCUUGUAUCUAAAGCUCUGACUGUGGAUGCUUAUUUUAAUUCCCAAUUUCAGGUUGACAGUGUCCUGUUAAGCCUAAAACAUUGACGUAUAUGGUAAUUUAAUGUUUUAAAUAUUUUUCCUGAAUUUUCUGAUACUUUUUGAUAGUAAAGAACACCUUCACUAUACAAAACCAUAAAAAUAGCACUCCCUACUUCUUAUGAAUUAUAAAGGGGAGAACAGACAUCUAAAGUGCCUUUUGCAAAAUACUACUCUCUUUUCAUUGGAAAACUUACAAAUACCAUAAGGGACCUGACUGUCAUUAGGCUUUUCCCAUUGCAGUGAAGGUGCAAACACAUUUGCUUAGAGUGCAGAAAUUCACUUCAGGCACAUCAAAACAUUCAGGGGACAAGAAAGUCCUUUCUGAAUUCUCCUUUUAAAAGAGUUGGCACCUGUUGAGCUGAUGGGACUAGCAGGCUGGAAGAAAACAGAAAGUGGAGAUGCAGUCUUUCGUCUUCGAAGUUCUUCUGCUUUAUUUGGCUCCUUAGCCAAAUUUCAGCUAGUUCUAGCUGUGAGAUUUUAAGGAGAAUCUUGGUCAUAUUUGUGCUUAAAAUCUUCUGGGUAGAAAAAAAGCUCUGCACAACAGAAUUUGGUCUAAAGGACUUGAAAUUAUUCAAGAAUAUCUGCCACAGACCAGUCAGACAGGAAUUUUAUCAUCAUUUUCCAGGUACUUAGGUAUGUUUUUUUCUAAUUUAACUGUUAGUUAUCGUGCACCUGCUUUAGUCCAUUUGAUCCUCCUGAGCAUAGGCAGACGCCACCUACAUCGUGCACAUUGGUGGUGGUGACUGCCACCAAUCCCUGUCUGGCAGUCCCUCAGCGGCAGGCAGUCUCUGGCGACAGCUAAAGUCAUGUUUAAGGCAUCCCAUGAGGAGCAGCCAUCGAUAAGAGCAAUGUGUGCCAUGGCCUGGCUGACAGCAAACACGGAGCCCUACACCCCUGGUGUUUGCUGCUGGCAUUAGGUGGGUGCUGCCAGUGUCACAGGGGAGAUAUUUAUCAGCAGAGGAAGAGACAAGACUUGCAAGUAAUUUGCCCCCCUCCCCCUUUAUCCUUUCUCCCGGCCUUCAAGUGUGUGUCAGCUCAGUACGCAUGGAUGUGUGUGCGUUUCCAUACCUGCCAGCUCAGUACACUGUUAUGAUGGUGGGAAGACCUUUCUGACCAUCGUGGUCCCUCCCAAGCUUAAAACAUUUCUACUCUUAAAUCCUGGUAUUUGUCAGUCUAGUUCCUUGAUAUUUAUAAAAUGAGCUUGUUGUGUUCAGAGAACAGAAGUACGUGCACAUGUAAAUACUCUAAUGAUCAUCUGCUAUUCAAUAGGAUAUGUAUUUCUAGCAUUUUUCUUAAUUUAAAAAUACAUUUAUAUGCCAGGAUGUCACAUAAACUGAGCUUUGGAUAAACUGAUAGGCCCUGCUACUGCCUUUGAACCUGCCAGGAUACAGCCUGCAUGUUGACUCGGGAUAAGGGUCUUAAGAUAGCCUAGAAUAAUGCUGGUUACCCCUCUCUAGCUGCUCUUCUGAAGGUGUUAUGCAUAGUCCCAGGCUUUUGUCCAGUAGCGCUAUGGUUUAUUGCCUUCUCUCCUAAUUCACCUCUGUGACAGGCUGGAGCAUCUGCGUUUUGCCUUACAAGUAUUUCCUUUUCUUACAGCACAGCUGUAUCACAUGGAGGUUGCAGUAUAUCUCAAAGGGAACAAUGUAUACCAGCCUUGCUACAUCUUUUUCUCUACCUCCAAGGCAGUCUAACUCUGUGCUCUUUUUUUUUGUUUUGUUUUGGAUUUUUUUUUUUCACUUAGAUUGCUUCUGGUACCCAGCAAUCGGCCUGAGCACUGCCAUGCUGAGUUGCACUCUGUGGUUUAGACAGUAUCUUCAGGACAAAAGAAUUUGAAGUUGCCACAUUCUUUCCAAGGCAUCUGAUAUAUCUAUCUCCCACAAGUAUUUGGGGAAAAUAAAACAUAAGAGCUUGCUGCCAAAGCAGUGGAGAAAGAGUGAAGUAGGUAGGGUGUGUCAGCAGGAAUGCUUGCUCGAAUGCUGGCAAAACCCUUCUCGAUACUGAGCCCUGGAUGGAGCAUGCCAUGAGGGCAUCCCCUACACAGAGGAAGCAGGAGCCCUGCCCAGCUUCUCUGUCUCGGGUUGCAGGGUAUGAAUAGAGGCACAUGUAUCACGUUACUAAGUACAGUGGCCUGUAACUAAAUAACACGGAAGCCAUGAGUGAAGUUCAGAAAGCUCUUUGGUGGCACUGUGGGCAACGCCGAGGAGCAAAGAUGAGCCUGGGGGCCCAACUUCAGAUGACGCCAUGGUGUUUCUCCUGCCUUCACUCCCCCUACCAGCCUCUCCCCCACCUCUCACCAGUCAGUACCUUUGUGAGAGGACUCAGUACAGCCAAGGAAGCAGCUCAGGCACUGCUGGCCCCUAGCUCAAACCCAGCAAAACACUUCUAGGAAUGCACUGAGCAGUCUGCCUCUCCAUUAACCUCUUAGCGUCAAUAUGGUUUGGGGGGGUCUACCCAGUACAAAUCCAUCCCAGUGUGUGUGAGCUCAUCCUGGCACUAUUUGAUUAUUGUCAGCAUAGAAAAUCAGAAAUGCAGACGAGAAAAACAGUCACAACAGAUUAAUAUCCAAGCCUAGUUUACCUCUCAGAAGGAUGCCAAUAGACAUCUUUCUAAGGGAAGCCUGGCAUGUGAGAUACAUUAGCCUCCUUAGAUACUUUCAGACACAAACACACAUUUUUUUUUUUUAUAUGGAAAGAGAUGCAAACAUCAUUUGAUAUCUAAUAGCUGCAUUCCAAAUUUAAGUUUUUAGAUUUUAGUUUUUGCCCUGUAAACAAAUGAGACCUCAAACCCAUUUGACACGUGUGAAGACUUUGCUGCCUUUAACAUGACUUUCCCAAGGUUUUCAUGUCUAGACUACCCUAGGGCACAGGUGCAGUUAUAAAGCUGCCUUGAGCAAUGUUUUAAUGUAGUCAGAAAAGCAGCUAUGAUGUAAAUGGCAAUCAUUCUUUAGCAAUAAUGUGGUAAACAGGGAAACUAUUUUUAAGGAAGAUGCCACUUUUCUAUUUCAUAUUCCUUGAUAAUAAGGUUAAAAUGUCAUUCUAUGUUUCCAAAAACUUUGUAAGAGCCCACGCUAGCUUUGGCCUGGCUGGAUUUAGCUAUUAUUUACAGUGAUACAAAUAACAGCAGAAUUGGCCUACUGCUUUGCAUUUCAUAUCCACAUAUAUAUAUUUUUAUAUACGCUGAGGAAAGUUAAAUACUUACUUCUGAACAGAAGUAAGAUUGUUCUUUUCAUUUUAUUAAUAAUUGGAUUGAAAAUAGGGUCAUGCAUUGAAUUGUGCUGGUAACUCAAAUAAAGUCCAUAUUUUGUGUUUAUGAUAUUGCAAUUUGCUUUAUAUAAUAAAAAUAACCAAAUGUUUACAUUACAGUAUGCAUUUUCUAUUAUUCUUUAAGCUGGUGUAUGAAUUAAUAUAACUGUAAGCACACAACAGCUGUUAUCUUUUCAUACAUUGCAAAUGACUAGUAACAGAAGGAAUCACUGUCUGUUUAAGGGGAGAGAGGUUCAGAUAAAUGUCUCUCCUAUAUUUGGAAAAAAAUCUGUAUCGUCUCAAUCUAAAUAAAUUCAUCUGCCUCACUAGUUCUCACACUGGCUGUCAUAAUAGUAAAAAAAACCAGCGGAAUCAGAUAUUCUUACUUAGCCAUCAAAACAACUAGGUGGGUUUUGGAGGUACUGCAAUGCAUAUUUUUAAAUCUGGUUAUAUUCCUCACCUGGUGUUACUCUGAGACAGAUGACUGUCUGCCAGCAUCAUGGUGUUCAUAUUCUAAGUUCAAAGACAAACAAAACAUGAAUUUCUCUGAAUUCUAAGGCUAUGUAGAUCAAUAAUAAGCUGAGCUGCAAUCAUACAAGAAGAAAGCUUAAGAAUGUAUGUUUUCUGUCCUGAAUUUUCCAAUCCUUGGAGCAGAGAACUUUAUUUUCUAUGCUAUAAAAAGCAGAUGGUUAUUUGCCACAAUAUAGGAACUAUGUAAGAUGAUCAAAUGGAGGAAGGUGAAGGCUCACUGUGUACAGAUACAGUGAAUGUUAUUUGCCUUCAUUUGAACAAAAUAUGCACAGCCCGUAUACAAAAAUCUGCAUCUCUGUGUAACAUCUGCAUAUACAUAGGGAAUGGAUGUCUCAGACGCAGAUAAAUCCUCAAGUCUUCAUGGAUGUAAAUAGCAGCUGGUCCUUGCAUUCCACCUGGACAGUGUUUCUGCCUAGGAAAGGAGGACACGCCUAGUAUAAUCAGUCCUGAAGUCCGCAUUUCUGGUGGAGAUAGAUGAAGUGCAGUGCUUAUGCUAGCCCCAAGCCCCCAUUAGUUCCAUAUGGACCCUUAUGCAGGGAUAUGAGGUUUUAGGCUGUAUUCUCCAGGAGAAGUACUAAUUUAAUCACCAUCUGCACUUAAGCGGUAGCACACAACAGAUUAAGACAUUUAACAAUAAAAUAAAAAGCUCUUUAUAUAGAUAAGUAUUUUAUUGGUAAAUUCAGACUGCCACAGGAUACCCAAACUUAUGUCACCUAUUCUGUGCCUCCUCCUUGCUCUCCUCAUUUACAGCCUAUACAAUGCUGGACCAAGAGAGAGAGAGAGAACAGUAAAUGUUUUAAAAUCUAAAUAGCUGUGAAAAGACAAGCAAAACAGAGCAGGAUCUUGGACUAAUCCUAUGUCCUGUGAAUUUUUCAAAUUAACUUGUAACUUCACACCAACUAAUGGUUCCCAGCUCUUCUGUUUGGAUCCCAAGUCUCUCUUGCUCAUUGUUUUCAUAGGAAUAUGCAAGUUAGCAAAAUGUCCACACGAUGGCAGUUCAGUCCCCAGCAAAAAGGUGACAAACAGGGAAGCUCAGCAUGCCCAAGCCUGCCCUCUUUCCUUCUUAGUGCUGUGUGGCUCCCAGGCAGACAAUAAACAUAACAGUCCCUUGGUAUCAUGUCCUUCACUCAAGGGUAUUGAAACAGGUUAGAAUACAAACGAAAGGUUUUAUUAAAACUUGUCAGAAUACAAACAAAAGGGUUUAUUAAAGCUCACCUUUAAAGACUGGAAUAUAAUACAGUCUACCCAGGCUGAGUAGUUAGGGAAGGGGAGUUAUCAGGUGGUAAUUACAUCUGCAUCAGAAGAUAGAUUAUUCUGAGAGCUUGCCUGUUCUAGACAGGGAUCAGAACUAUAUUACAUGGCUUCUCUACCUCAUCAAAAUGUAUAAAAUGCCAAAUAUUUUAUCACUUUCCUGUGAGCUGCUGACAAACAUGGUACAAGCAAGAAUUUUCCACAGGAUUUAUUCUGAGAGUGAUUUCAGAUGAAUGAACACCUUACAGAUACUUACAAUCUGUUCUUGAAGGAUACUGAAAAAAAAAAUUGAUGAAACUCAGAAAACCAGUAUUUCACCAGGAAGUUCAGUGAGUAGCUUUAAAGACAUGGUUUCAUUGGCUACCUUUAGUCUUCAAGCACUUUCUCUGGGUGAUGCCAUUCUUGUGGUUAGCUAUACCUUUCCUAGUGAUGAAUAUUUGAGACCAUGAUACAUAUAUUGUUUAACCAAAUAGGAAGGAAUGUUAGCUGCUUUUCUGAAAACAAGAGUUUUUCAAACUCCAGCCUUAACAGGCAAGAAUUUUUCUAAUAUUAAUUAAGAUAAACAGAAGUAGUAGUUAGAUAAUAAUGUUGAUCUUUGAGAAUAUAAUGACAACAUAAUUUCCAGAUUUUAAAAAAAUCUGUGUGAAAGCAUCUCUACCCAAACCAGAAGGGAAAAUAAUUCUAGGGUUGUUGCAAUUAUUUGAGACGAAAGAAGAAACUACCAGUCCAAGAAAAAACAAUUUUCAGAUUAAAUUUAACAUAAAUCCAAACAGUAUUUUAAAAUAUACAACCAGCUUUUGCCCCAUAAUUACAAAUAGUUUUUAACAUUUUAUACCCUUUGACUGUUACUACGAGUCAAUAUUUCUCUGAGGCUGUAAUGUGACAUUAUCACCAAACUCUUGUGCUAUGAAAUCUAAAGCCAGAAAACAAUGCUGGCACACCAAGCAUGUUUGGCAGAGCAGCCUUCUCCACUUACAGUCUGGAAGUCCAUGGAUGAAGUGAUUGGUUCUCCUAGGGCACUUUGAGUGUCCUUCCUCCCCUCUGCUGAGCAUGGUGGCCAGCCAAAAGGCAAAGCCCAGGGGCUCCUGACAGGCUUUCACAGUUUUAUGAUGAGUCUCCAGUCCUUCUGCUACCACCGAGACUUCCUGGGCUGAUGUGACCCAACUCCUGCUUUGCUCAGGCAGGGAAACCCAAACACAGGCAAGCUUUGGCCAUGCCUGCUAGAUGACGUGCUGGUUCCUAGGAACUUUAAAUGAAAAUCCUUGUCAUCCUUUGGGGUCUGCAGUACUAAACCUUUCUUUAGCGUAGCUCAUACUCCAAAGCCAGUGCAAUUUUUUUUUAUCUGCCUGGUUUUCAAGCAUUUUGUGAUCUAUGUUUCCAUGGCAAGUGUAGUCGGCCAGCAGGUGUCAGCAUCCAAGUUGCUAGUGAGGGAUACAUGGGCACGAAUCCACAUAGGAAAACAGCACAAAUAACACACAGAGUCAUAACUGCUACAGGUGCUUCUUAAAUUCUCCUUCACCACUGACUCCCCACUGACUCCCUUUCACUAACAGAUCAUUUAAAUUAUCUAUGUUUUGGAAUAAAAAUGAAAUCUUUCACCUUACACCAGCAUGUGCUGUUGUUGCUUCAUCAGCCUUUUUCUGCUCUCUGUGAUCUGCUGGUCUCAAACACAAGCAGCAAUGACACAAGAAAACUAAGGAAAACCUGCAGAUUGUGGUCCUUCAGCACAGCCAUUGCUUCCAUUUGGAAAUUGAAGUAAGCUGGCUCUUGGAGAUGCCGGGCAGAUGAUUCCCGCAUCAUAUGGACAAAACCAAGGGGGGGAGUGUGAGCUACAUCCUCUCCCUCCUGAUGCAGAGAAGUAUGGCCAUGUGGGAGCUGCCAUGGGAGGGGAGCAGGAGAAAGGCACCCCACUGGAAAUGGCAGGGAUGAAAACUCCUGCAGCAGCCUCAUAUGAUGAUGAGAAAUGUCAGAGACUCACAGAGAGCAAAAUAGACAUGAUAAAAAUCCAGGUGGCUUAGUAUCCUGCCUCCAGCCAGUUGAGUAAAGCUUGUAUGGAGAAACAGUGUGCAAGUGGAGUUGUCCUGUAAAAGCUUGACAGGCAAGUGGUGUGCUGUUUUUCUUUAAAGGGCAGCACAGUGUCCUGCUUCUCCUUCUCCUGCUGCAGUCAGAUCAAUAAGGACAGUAGAAAGGAGUGUCUGCCACCCUGCAUGAAAGGUGGGCAACCUUUGAAAGUACGGAUUGGGCACAGCAUCCAGCAGGCAGAGGCUGCAGCAUAGGGAAGAGGCCUCAGGUGCACGCAGCAGGUCUCAGAAGGGAGAGGAAGAAGCAGGGUGGGGUUUAUAGGAGAGUGUGGAGAUGGUUGCUGGGAUAAAAGGGCUACUGAGCUGGUGGCAGAAUGGGGAGACAAGAGGAUGCAGCGGGUGGUUUGUGUAUCCUCAGAGUCUAGGCCAUUCAGGGGGUCUUCCUGGGCCUUUUGGGGUCUUGCCAUUCCUCUUAGGAAUCCCCAGAGUGCUGAGCUCAUGCUGAAACCAGUGACGGCUCUGGGAUCCAUCCCCCAUCAUGCUCCCUGGCUCCUUGUGAGAUGAUUUAUUUAUUAGCCUCUGCAACAGCCUGUGGCAAUAGGUUCCUCCAUUUAACAAUUUGUUGGAAAAACGUCUUCCUCUCUUAGACCAGCUGCUGGAUCAUUUCUAUGGGUGCCUGCUUCUUCUUGAUCUGUACAAAGUAAUGAUUAGUUUGUAUUUGUCUCCAAGCCACUGAUGGUUUUCCAGAUCCCUGUCAUAACCUCUCUCAGUCAUUCUCUUUACAGUUUGGAGCUCCCACCUCUUCUGUCUCUGUUUCUUCACCUCUGCUGAGCUGGAACGAAGAGCAUGUGUGCUAUUCAUACACAGAGGGUGUGCCCUAGAGUCCUCGGUAUACUAAAACAGUCAGGCAUCUUCUUUUACUCACACUCCUAUAUCCUAAACACUGCCAAUGCUCUGCUUGCUUCUUUGGUCUGCACCAAGAAUUAAGUUGAUAUUUCCUGAACAGGUGCCACCACUGAAUAUAUAUCAUUGGGCUGGAUGUAUAGACAUAGUUUAUCUUUUCCCAUGCAUUACUUUUAAUUUACCAGAAAUUAUUUUCCACCAUUUUAUAGCU